GUGAAGAUGGCCUUCCGCAAGGCCUACUCAAUCAAGGACAAGCUCCAGGCCAUCGAACGUGUGAAGGGCGGGGAACGCCAGGCCAGCGUGUGCAGGGACUUCGGGGUGCCCGGGGGUACCUUGCGUGGCUGGCUCAAGGAUGAGCCUAAGCUACGCUGGUUCCUGGACCAGCUGGGUGGAGAGGUGGGCACCCAACGGAAGAAGAUGCGGCUGGCCAACGAGGAGGAGAUCGAUCGUGCUGUCUAUACCUGGUUUCUCACCCUGCGCCAGCAUGGCAUCCCACUCUCUGGCCCCAUCAUCCAGGCUCAGGCAGAGGCCUUCGCCCGCCAGAUCUAUGGUCCUGAGUGCACUUUCAAGGCCAGCCAUGGCUGGUUCUGGAGGUGGCAGAAGCGCCAUGGCAUCUCCAGUCAACGAAUCUAUGGUGAAGCAGAGCCACCCCCUCCACCUCCAGCCUCAGCUCCAUCACUGCCCACUGUUAAGACUGAACCAGACCUCGUGGGCAUCGGAGAUCAUCCCUCACCGAUGCCACCCCCAACCCCUACUGAUGGAGGCUAUGGAGAUGAACAGAUCUACAAUGCUAAUGUCACUGGACUCUACUGGAAGUUGUUGCCAGAGCAGGCAGCCCCACCUGGGGAAGGGGACCCUGGAAGUGGAGGGCGGAGGUGGCGAGGGGACAGGGUUACAGUGCUAUUAGCAGCCAACUUGACUGGCAGCCACAAGCUGAAGCCCUUAGUGAUUGGGCAGCUGCCUGACCCACCCAGCUUGCGACACCACAAUCAAGACAAGUUUCCUGCCUCCUACCGCUAUAGCCCUGAUGCUUGGCUUAGUACCACACUGCUCCGUGGCUGGUUCUUUGAGGAGUUUGUUCCAGGUGUCAGGCGCUACCUUCGGCGCAGCUGCCUGCAGCAGAAGGCUGUCUUGUUGGUGAAUCACCACCCUGGGCCCAGGCCACCAGGCCCACGGCCACCCUCCCCAGAAGAGAGUGAGGAAGCUGGUGAACAGCCAAGAGCAGCUGGUGGUCUGGGCCCAGGGCCAGCCCUUUGCCACCCUGAGGAGUUGCAGACCCCUGAUGGUGCAGUUCGGGUGCUUUUUCUAUCCAAGAGUAGUGCCCGUGGUAAGAUUCCAGCACCCCUGGAGCAAGGGGUGGUAUCUGCCUUCAAACAGCUGUACAAACGGGAGCUGCUACGGCUGGCUGUUUCAUGUGCAGGUGGCUCCCCUCUGGACUUUGUUCGAAGCUUCAUGCUGAAGGACAUGCUCUAUCUGGCUGGUCUGUCUUGGGAUCUGGUCCAGGCAGGCAGCAUUGAGCGAUGCUGGUUGCUGGGUCUCAGAGCCGCCUUUGAGCCGCGUCCUGAUGAUGAAGAGCAGUUGGUCCAGCCCCACCCAGGAGCCUCUGGGGAGGAUGAGGAGGCAGAGGAACACAGCAAGGUCCUCAGUGACCUAACACACUUGGCUGCCCUCACUUACAAGCGCCUAGCACCUGAGGAUGUGGCAGAGUGGCUGCACCUGGACGAUGGGGCCCCAGGCUUGGGGGAGCCCCCAGAGGGUGGGGGGGAAGAGGAUGAGGAUGGGGGAGGUCGGGAGCAUCCCCCUUGUGGGGGCUUCCCACUAUUGGCUGGUCCACCCCAGGGGGAGGAGGAGUCUGGAACAGGAGGGUCAUCACCAGUGCCCACAGCUGGGGAGGCCAUUAAGGGUCUUGAGACAGCUUUGCGGUGGCUGGAGAGCCGUGAUCCCAGGGAGGUAGGACCUUUGAAACUAGUGCAGCUUCGAUCCUUAAUCAGCAUGGCUCAGCGGCUGGGGGAAACAGGGCCCUAAUUCUGUAUCUCCUGAUGGCCACUAAAGGGGCAAGACUUAGAGAGUAAAGAGCCUAGGACCCAACUGACCCCCUUUUUACUUUGGUACCUUUAUAGGGGUGAGUUAAUUGGCUCCUAUUCCUUCCCCUCUCCAAAAUUGUGGAUGCCCCUGAGGAAGCCAUGAGCCUCAGAGAUGGCAGUGGGAGAAUGAUACCCUACUCUCAAAGUCACCAAAGGGGACUAGACUGGUGACAUUAGGGUCACCGCCAGUAAUGGGCCAAGAUGCUAUUCUUUAAGUCAUCAGCAAAGAAGCACAAGGUAGGAAUGUCAGGGGGAAGGCAACUUCAGAGGACAGUUACUUAGGAUGGGGUAGCAAAGAGCCAUCUUAGCCAGUACCCCCCUUAUGCCCACACGUGUCUAUACUCAGGAGCCCAAGAGGCUCUAUCAGGGAGCAGCUUUCACUGUGUUCAAAACCUUAACCUUUCUUAGGCUCCCUGAGCAGUUCUCUUUGAGGGUGUGUCUUUUUUAAUGCCACGUGUGAUAUAUCCACCCCCUCACAAAGAAGGCCUUUCACCCAUGUUCCCUCUUCACCUUCCAGCACUCUUCUGAGUGGGUUCCCACUAUAUCCUUACCUUCCUCUCCUUUUUCCCUCUCUUGUCUUCCCAGUCACAUGCACUGGAUAAGGGCCUGCCUGUUCCUCCUCUUGAUGGAAGGAAUCUGUGAGCCCUGGUGCUGGGGUUAGCUAGGGCUUGCUGUAGCUUUUUAAUCUUCAAAAUGGGGGGGAAAAACUGACCACUUUUUUUUAUAUACAUAUAUACAUAUUAAAAAACAACACAAAACUAGAGCCAGUUUUAUAAGCCAGACCAUGGAAGGGGCACCAGGGCCAGGAGCUGGUAAGGACCUGGCUCUAGACUGGUCGGGGAGAAAGAAGGAUGCCCUUUAAGGGAGAGAUUAUGAAUCUGCCAUCCUUAGGCAGGCUUGGAAGGUGCCAGCCCUGAGGUGUUAGCUAAGCUGCCCUGGGGGUUGAGUCAAGAAAGAUCAUUCACAUGAACAAGUCAAGAAUGUCUGAGAUCACUCAUGGGUUUGAAGAAGGGUUUUUUAGUCUGGCUCUGAAUGGGGAGAAUUCUGUAACACCUAGGCUGUCCUAGGGAAUGAACAUAGACCCCAGGAUCCCUAGUUUCUGUAACCAACUUGGGUUGUAGAUUUGUUCAACUUUACUUGGUCUCUGGUUUUUGUGAAAGGGGUUUUAUGUGUGGUUUGGGGU